GUAAACAUGGCUUCCUUGAAAGAAAUUGUUGUGAUGUAUCAAAAUCUUAAAAGAGAUUGGGAUCGAAAACCACAGAAUUUAGACAAAUGUGGGGAAACGCUCGACAAAUUAAAGGUUGCUUUGACAACAGUUACCUUUUUACCUACAGAUGAAUCUAACCCAUCUAAACAAGAACUUCUUAUAGCCAGAGACAUAUUGGAAAUAGGUGCACAAUGGGCGAUAGCUAAAAGAGACAUUCCUUCUUUUGAAAGAUACAUGGCUCAGUUAAAAUGUUACUAUAUGGAUUAUAAGGAUGAUCUACCAGAAUCUACAUUUAAAUAUCAAUUAUUAGGAUUAAAUUUGUUACGUUUGUUAUCACAGAAUAGAUUAGCUGAAUUUCAUACAGAAUUAGAGUUAUUACCAGUGAAGGAACUACAGAAUAAUAUUUAUAUUAAACAUCCUGUAUCAAUGGAACAAUAUUUAAUGGAAGGCUGCUAUAAUAAGGUAUUUUUAGCUCGUGGUAAUGUUCCAGCUGGUAACUACAAUUUCUUUAUUGAUAUAUUAUUAAACACCAUUAGAGAUGAGAUAGCUGGAUGUAUAGAAAAGGCGUAUGAGAAAAUAGCACCAUCAGAAGCUGCCCGCAUGUUGUUUUUCGAGAACCAAAAACUCAUGAAAGAAUAUUCAGAACAGAGAAAAUGGAAAGCAAAAGGGGACAGUUUCUUUCAUUUUGUAAAUGAUGAUAUGACUGAGGAAGAGGUGAUUCCAGCCAAGGAACUAGCUGAACAAACUAUAGAGUACGCUAGAGAAUUGGAAAUGAUUGUCUAACUUGGGAGAACGCAUCUUAAAAUAGCCUCCAUUGUCAAGUCAAGUGUGUUUAUAGACCCCUGUAACAUCCAGUCUCAAGAAAACAGAGAUAACUCAGACACAAGUGAAAUUAAGACAUUUGACCUCUUAAAAAAAAGAACUUGAAAGAAAACUGUGCAUUUUUCAUGUCUUUGUGUUAUUGUUCUAGUUUAUAAAACUAAAAUAAAGAAAAUUUGUAGAAAAUAAAUGUUGUUCAAUCCAUUUGAAAGUAAUAAAAACACAAGGG